AUGAACAACAACGAUAACCCCCCCAUUAGCCACGCCGCCGACGGCAAUAGCUCCAACGACAAGCUUACUCCCGACGGCAAGAUCACGAACGACAAGCUUACUCCCGAGGAGAAGAUAUUACAGAUGCAGCCGACCCUUGAGGAGCUGACAGCGCGCCGCCGCGAGGUUGCGAAUGAGAUGUGCCGGAGGGACGUCGAGCUUUCUGUCAUCGAGAAGGCUCUCAAUGCGAAGCUGCAGGAGCCGGAUGCCAAGGAAGAGGAUAUACAGGCCUUGGUCAACGAGAUUUCAAUCAAGACGGAGGAAUUCGACGAAACGAUGGCCGAGUCCACUCGCGUCGGAGCCAAGGUCGAACGUAUCAAGCUCGAUAUGUACAAGCUGGUUGUGGAGGCGGAGAAAUUGGACAAGGAAAAGGCGGGAGAGGCUUAG